AUGUCCAACACGGUCCGGAAGUGGCCAAUCCUGGUCCAGACCAAGAGGAAACCGAGGGCAAAAGUGGAAAGAAAAAAGCCGGAGGCACCUCCGCUGUUGCUGCCCGCGCCUCGAGCAUCUGGCAAAGAUCUGGGCCAGCUGGCUCAGUCAGCAGCUGACCCUGCCAGCCUCGACGCUGCGCAGCCUGUGUCGGAUCGUGUCGGUUCUGCCCAGGCGCCCGCAGGCGUUGAUGCGUUGGCCAAGCGUUUGGCUUGUGGCAGAACAGCUGCAGUGUUGCAGCGCAUUCUCCAAUUCAACCCUUUCAAAAUUGAUGAAGAAGAUGAAAUACCGCCCUUUCGAGGUGGUGCGCCCUGCAGGGGUAUGACGGCCAACUUGCCAGAUGGAUCCAUGGUGUUCAUCGUAGACACUUUCUUGCGCAGGGGAGUUUUGCACGCGGACAUCGCCAUGGUGAAGUCCAGUUCUGCGGGGGCCGGGCGCUUCUCCCUAGGCAGGCUGUCCACCGUCAAAGCGGACGCCCUCUCAAGUGUAAGGGUGGAACUCAUCGUCGCAGACGUCCGCGGAAGAGACGUGAGGCUGCGCAGGGACGCGCGCCAACAGAACGUGGAGAUGCUUCAGCUUGCCCUGCCAGCAGUGUGCCCACCCGUCUCGGAGCCACGCAUCUCCAAUGGCAACGUGAUUGUUGGACCGCUUGCAGCCACAGAACACACUGCAAGAUUUGGUACCAGCGGCUGCCCGCACCAGACUGUCCCGAGGGAAGAGAGAGUGUGGAGCGGUUGGAUAUUGGAUAUCCCUUCAUCGGUGCCUUUCGUUGCAGAACCACGCAGGUGCGCGAGUUGCAGGUACAGUGCAGUUUCAGAGAUUGAUGACAAAGACUACUUUCCGGUGCUUGCACAGGAUGUGCUACGUGCCUUUCCGCACGCAGUCGUUGUUGAUUGCCCAAGACAGAAGCGCCAGUUCAUGUCGCGCAGGUACUUGUUCGAAAUUGCGCUGCAGUUCUACGCCUCGCUGAAUUGCAAGGAGGUGAGGAGGCAGCUGAUGGCGAUUGCAGUGACGCAGGCGCUGAGCGCCGACAUGGUGUGGCGUGCCUAUGCCACACCGAAAUCGCAAGCUUUGCGUUGGAUCGUGAUGAAGGUCUUUGGGAAAACAAUGCAGGGCAUGGUGGGAAGCCUACAGGCAAAGCUCUUUGUGUACAAUGGCCAAGGCCUCCGCCACGAUGGUAACAUGGGAAUAGCCAACCGGGUGGCGCUGCGUAACGUGCAAGAAGGGGCGCGGAGGCGUCUCAGCAAAAAGAAGCACUUGCUAGGUCGCCGAAAGCGUUGCGGCCGGGUGGUCUUGGCAGUGACAGGCGUGGAUGGAUGCCUUUUGGCGCCGCCGGUCAUAGCCAAGACUGAGUCCAACAACGAAAUUGUAGCAGCCCUUACACCCCUGUUACUGAGCAUCAAGAACACAAGACUUCGUGCCGGUUGCACCCUAGAAGAAAGCGUGCCAGCCUUCCAUGCAACUGACAAUUAUUACAGAGGUCAAAGACUCAGACUGGCGCAAUUGUAUCGUGCCAUUUGGCCCGAUCUCCGGGUACGGUCUUGGUCCAGGACCCGCAAGGGUAAUGCCGUUCGGAGGGAAGUGUUGGGUGAAGAAAGUUUGGCCUUGGGCUGCAGUAUCGUGGGUGACCCGCAACAUGAUGUGAUAAAUUUGAGCAAGCUACUCCAUGGAAGAGCCGCAGACAAGGAAGAUCUGCUCCGUGACCACCAAGAGCUUCUUCAUCGCCUGUCCGGUCCAGAGGCCCCCAACAAAAAGGAUUUUGCUGUACCUCAAGCAGACUUGAGUGCACCAGCAAACGAGCUGCUGACCAGCGCCUGCGUUGAACCCUUGCCAGCGUUCACGCAGACGGCUGCUCGCCUCAAGUGUGCACACGCAGAGGUCAAAGAUUUCUUAGCCCAGCCAAGAGUACAAGAGAGCAGAGCUUGGCUUGAUCCAUUUCGAGCGUAUCCUCCAAGGGGUACCCUGGCUCGCAUUGCUAGGAGGGUGGGGGCGACCUUGCACCCGUCCUCGGAAGCGUGCGGUUGGCGAUCGGAGAAGGAAUUUCGGAGAGAAGCGCGUCGGAUUCGGCGGUGGUAUCGCGGCGGACGGAAGACUAUGCGGAGGAGUGUGGGCUUGCCACGCACUGAUGGCUCCCCGCACUAUGUGCGGGGACUGAAGACAGCCUGGACAAAGAAAGUCGGCCUCCACUACAAAAGAUUCUUUGGGAGAAUCCGGCAAGAGGGUCUCUGGGCCUGGAGGCAGGUGUCCAGGGCACUGCGACUGGCUAACAUCAGCCAACAAUCCGGAACCGUCUCAGUGGAGAGGGUCUGGAGCUACUACAAAGCAGCGCUGCCAGUUGGCAAUCGAAUCAUGGCCAAAGACUAUUUCGAUCUUCUGUCAGGCUUACUGUUCGUGCGCUAUUGUCUCACCCACGCAAAAGCAAACAGGCUGCCACCAUGGCUGGAACGCGACUCCCUGAUGGCAACAAAACUUGACGCCGUCAUUGCGUACGCGCGAGACGGGGCGCGCGACUGCUCAGAGGCGUUCAGGUAG